AUGGAUAUACAUGGAGAAGCUGUUCGGAAGGGGGUGUCAUGGAAUUCAUUCUUUCAAUCUUCUUCAAGCUCCCUUAAUAGUGAAGGUUUGGAGUUAAGUUUCAUUGAGCCUGUUUGUAUUGAUGGUAUGCGUGUUGCACAAUGUUCUUCAGCCAUGCUUAAGGCAGAAUUAUCUAAAUGGAAGAACACUCUUCUUGGGCAUUUCAUUGGCCGUAGGCCAAGUUUUACUUAUGUUAAAGAAGUGCUGCUAAAACAAUGGAGUAUUUCUGGGCAUGUGGAUGUUAAUCUUUUAGAGAGUGGAUUCUUUGUUUUUCGUUUCAAUUUGGAGGAAGAUAAAGUUAAAGUGCUAGAAGGAGGACCAUGGACUGUGCAGCGAAGACCGUUGAUCCUCCGGCCUUGGAAACCAGGAAUGAAGCUUGAAAAGGUUGAAUUAAACUCCAUUCCUAUCUCGGAUUACUUUCCCAACCUUCCUUUUCACUGGAAUGUGGAGGCUUUGAGUUCGAUUGCUAGUGUUAUCGGCAAACCGAUAGCCACUGACAAAAUGACAAUGACUAAGGAAAGGCUCUCCUAUGCCCGCUUAUGUGUGGAAAUUGAGGCUACCCAUGAUGUCCCGGAGCAAGUGGCUGUCCAUGAUGAUGAAGGGUUGGUGUUCUUUCAAAAAGUGAAGUAUGAAUGGUGCCCUCCACGCUGCAAUAGCUGCAUGAUUUUUGGCCAUGCCACUAGUCAAUGUGGUGCUAAUCAAGCUACACGUAUGGGUAACAAAUAA